UCCUCCUCUUCUGUCGUGACGUUCGUUCAGGAGGAAACACCACAAACAGUCCGCAGAUAUUCUGAGACUUCUCUCAAAGUAUGUGUGUGUGUGUGUGUGUGUGUGUGUGUGUGUGUGUGUGUGUGUGUGUGUGUGUGUGUGUGUGUGUGUGUGUGUAUGUGUGUGUGUGUGUGUGUGUGUGUCACAGGGAAUACCUCUGUUUGAAUGGAGGGAGGGAUUUAACAGGCAGAGAGGUAUAAUUACAGAAAGAGAGCAGAGACGGAGAGUAGAGUGACCCUGCAGCGUUCAGUCUGAUCAGACCACCGAACAACUGGGACCAUCAAACCUUCUGGACCAGAACUAUCUGCUUUUUCUAUUGCUCUAUUUUUAAUCAGACCCAAACACAGGAAUGAUCGUGGAUGUGUUUGUUUUCAGCAGUGAUUCAGAAUGAAAAUCUGCAGAAUUGAUAUUACUGUUGUUCUUGUUGUUUGGGACUUUCUGAGUUUUAUUUUAACUUUCUUUAUUUCUUUUAAAUCUGCGGGACAUUCUGUGUUUGCAGAUUCUGUGUGGCUCUGCUGAUAAUUAGCAUUUCUGUAAAUGUGCCGGUGAUGUCCUUUGGAGAGCAGAGCAACAGGAAACCACAAGACAUUAGUACAGGUUCAGAUCAGGACCAUCAGAACCAUCAGGACCAUCAGAACCCGACCAGCUUCUCUGGGAGGAUUUCCAACUUGUCAGCUGCUGAACUAUUUGUGUUUCUUUUGGACCAACCUCUAUAAUUUACAGAGAAAAAACAAUUACCCCCAAGAGCAAGCAUUUGGUGCAACAGUGGCGAAGAAAAACUCCCUUUAAACAGAAGAAACCUCUCAGACCCAGACAGAGACUUUCAGACUCUGCUGAUAUAGUCUCUGCUUUUAGACUCAACUCUUCUGUCCAUGUUGGAGCAUCAGUGUCAGUCCGAAAACAUCAUGUCUUCUCUCUUUUCUGCCUUCUUCUUCCUGGCCAUCGGCCUUCUCGUCGACGCCUCUCCGGCCGUCUCUCUGACUCCAGUGUCUCCAGUGUCUCCAGUGUCCCCAGUGUCUGUAGUGUCUCCAGCGUCUCCAGUAUCUCCAGUGUCCCCAGCGUCUCCAGUGUCUCCAGCGUCUCCAGUGUCUCCAGUGUCUCCAGUGUCUCCAGUGUCUCCAGUGUUUCCAGCAUCCCCAGCGUCUCCAGUGUCUCCAGUGUCUCCAGUGUCUCCAGUGUUUCCAGCGUCCCCAGCGUCUCCAGUGUUUCCAGCGUCUCCAGUGUCUCCAGUGUCUCCAGCGUCCCCACCAUCUCUGGCCUGUCCGUCCUGCUCCCUGCCUCAGAUGAGGAGGAACUCGUCCUCGCCGGGCGGACAGAGCGACAUGGUGGAGGCAGUGAAGCGUCACAUUCUCAACAUGCUGCACCUAAGCAGCCGGCCCAACCUGACGCAGCUCGUCCCCCGCGCCGCGCUGCUCAACGCCAUCCAGAAGCUGCACGUGGGCCGCGUGGCUGAGGACGGCAGCGUGGAGAUCCAGGAGGACGGCUGGGGCCCUGGGGCCUCGACGCCACCCGAACCCACGUCUGAAAUCAUCAUCUUCGCUGAGCCAGGAGCCUCCCCGGACACGGUGACCUUUGACCUCUCUCAGGACGGCAGUGGCUCGCCGCUGGUGGAGCAGGCCAAUGUCUGGAUCUUCCUGAAGAUGCCGAAGGGAAAGCGACUGAGCGGCAAAGUGUUGCUGCGGCUGCUGCAGCGUCACCGUGACAACGGUGGCGAUGAGAAUGAGGAAUGUGUUUCGGAGAAGCUGGUGGACGCUCGGCGCAGCGGCUGGCACACACUCGCCGUCUCCCGCGGCGUCCAGACGCUGCUGGACGCGGGCGGCGGCUCGCUCAGCCUGCGGGUCUCCUGCCCGCUGUGUGCCGACGCUUCGCCCGUUUUGGCGCUGGGCGGGCACACCGGCGCCCGGGACCAGUCCCACCGGCCGUUCCUCAUGGCGGUGCUGCGAGCCCCAGAGGAGGGGAUGCAGCGGCGAGUCAAACGAGGUCUGGAGUGCGACGGGAAAAUACGCGUCUGCUGCAAACGUCAGUUUUACGUGAACUUCAAAGACAUCGGCUGGAAUGACUGGAUUAUCGCUCCGUCCGGUUACCAUGCCAACUACUGCGAGGGAGAGUGUCCCAGCCACAUGGCGGGCUUCAGCGGCUCAGCGCUGUCAUUCCACUCAACGGUCAUCAACCAUUACCGCAUGCGGGGCUACAGCCCGUUUCAGAACAUGAGGUCGUGCUGCGUUCCCACGCGGCUGCGGGCCAUGUCCAUGCUCUACUACAACGAAGAGCAGAAGAUCAUCAAGAAAGACAUCCAGAACAUGAUCGUAGAGGAGUGCGGCUGCUCGUAAACACUCACGCAGACCGUAGAAACAGGAACAAUAUCAGCUCAGCACUUUCACCAUAACAAUUAAGUAUUUAUGUUUAGUGACUACGCAUUUUUUCCACAUUGGAACGACCUGAGAACACUAUGCAACAUCUCCUGCAAACUCAAACGACAACUCUUCGUAUUUCUGUUGUUUUCUGCUGUAUUCUGUUGUUUUCAGCUGUAUUCUGUUGUUUUCUGCUGUUUUCAGCUGUAUUCUAUUGUUUUCAGCUGUAUUCUGUUGUUUUCAGC